AUGGGCUACAAUGAAUGUAUGCAAGAAGUAAUUCGCUAUAUGACCGACGUGGAAGGUAUAGACACUAAUGACAGCCGGUGCGUCCGAAUAGUGUCCUACCUUCAAACAAGAUUCCGACCAGAUGCUUCUAUCAACACCGGUACUGUGUAUCGAGACACAAUCAAUCGAGUCGCCUCACAGGUUACCAGAAUGCAAUACGGAACGGGAGCGAGUCUUCCCUGUACAGGUGCUUCGAUUCGAAGUUUACACCGAUACAACCCCUAUGUACCACAGGCUUCGCAUGGAGCGUCGUACUUGAAUAUGUCCUCUCCAACCGCCGUUGUAACACCGGCGACAUCUUGUUCUGGUCGAAUGACAACUAACACGCCUACAAAUAGUAACGGUGUUUUGUUCAGUCGUAAUUCCCAUGUGGCUGGCUCAUCGGCGUUCCCCGUACAAAGCACACACAACCCUAAGCCAUUGUUGACUUCGGCGCUGUCUAACAGCACAAACUUGCCGGGUUUUCUCUUUACAGCUAACAGUGACAUGAUGCGCUCAGUAGCGGACAAUAACAAGGUGACUGGAGCAAUUAUGUCAGAAAUACAGCCGCAGAUACCAGCCAAACACGGACUGCGAACAUCUCCUCUCACCUCUAAAAUAUGA